ACUCGUGAGAAUUUAUCCCCAAAACGGUAGAUCACCAUCUCUUUUUUCAUUGAGUUCGGAUCGAUAGACUUCCAGUCUCUAUCGUUGGUGCUGGUCGGAUUGCGGACACGAGAGAUUCGAGUUUCGUAUUGUAAUUUGCAAGUAAUAGUAAAUCCUUGGAUCGCUGGCGAUUUCUGCACCGAUGGUCUUGAUUGAACUUGCGUUUUAAUCUCUAAAAGCAAUUGUGUCGAUUCAUCGGAUUUCGAAGAAUUCGAAUUUCUACGCAAUAGUCUUCUUGGAGUUCUGCGGCACUCGAAGAAACGAAGAAACUGUGGCGCGACUCUGCUAUUGUCGGUUGCCUGAUUUGGUUUGAUAGUUCUACUGUAAUUGAAGAGAGUUAAUCAAAAUAGAGGGCUUUUUUUUUGUAAAUUUAUUUGGAAUCGAGUAUCAGGCCCUUUUUUCAGGAGGCCUGUAGGGUUUUGUUUCUAGGUUUAAUGUGUUAGCCGUUCUUUCAGUAUAGUAGAUUUCUUUAUCAGAAGAAAAAGAGAAUCAUGUCUGUAUAUUACAAAUUUAAGAGUGCAAGAGAUUAUGAUUCAAUCGCAAUGGACGGUCCAUUUAUUUCUGUUGGUGUUUUAAAAGAAAAAAUUUUUGAAUCAAAGCACUUGGGCAGGGGCACAGACUUCGAUCUCGUGGUCACUAAUGCUCAAACUAACGAAGAGUAUCCUGAUGAAGCAAUGUUAAUCCCUAAAAAUACCUCUGUGUUAAUUCGCCGGGUUCCUGGACGACCUCGUUUACCGAUUGUUACUGAACAAGAGCCAAAGGUUGAAAAUAAUAGGACAGAAGUCUCUGAACCUGAUAAGAGUAACAUUCCUGGUACUGAAUCAUCUACUAUGAAAUAUCCUGAAGACUCAGAGUGGGAUGAAUUUGGGAACGAUUUAUAUUCGAUUCCUGAAGUUUUGCCAACUCAGUCGAGCAACCCGUUGCCGGAUGUUCCGCCCACAAAUAAAGCUGAUGAGGAAAGCAAGAUUAAGGCUUUAAUUGAUACUCCAGCCUUGGACUGGCAGCGCCAAGGCUCUGAUGGUUUUGGCCCAGGUAGAGGUUUUGGAAGGGGUAUGGCUGGAAGGAUGGGUGGACGUGGUUUUGGAUUGGAGCGGAAAACACCACCUCAGGGCUAUGUUUGUCACCGUUGCAAAGUUCCUGGUAUGUCCAUAAGAAGUCGGUUUUUAGAUAUGGAGUCUGCACGUUGUCCGCCGCCUAGGAAUCCGUCUCCUACUACUUCUGCUGCAUCAAAAGGAGAAAAACAAAGGCCCAAUACUGCUAUUCCAGAAACUUCAAAUUUGCAAGAGGUGGUAGAAGAGGGAAAGGCUGUCAGUGCCUUGCAAUGUACCACAGAGAAAGUCCAAACUGCAAAGACCGUUGAUGCUUCUGAAGCCACACAUGAGUCGAUGAGUGUGAAGGAGGCAGCUUCACAAGGCAGUGCUCCAGUGGUUGAAGAAGAAGUACAGCAGAAGUUAGGUGCUUGUGAGCCAGGAAAGAAGAAGAAAAAGAAAAAGGCUCGCUUGCCUGCAAAUGGCAUGCCUGGAGAUUUGCAGUGGAAAGGCCGCCCCCAAGAUCAGCUACCAGAAAACUAUAUGAUGCCUAUGGGCCCCUCUCCCUUUAAUCCAUACUGGACUGGCAUGCAACCUGGGAUGGAUGGAUUUAUGGGCCCUUAUGCUGGUCCAAUGUCCUAUAUGAAUUACGGGCUAGGGCCCGUUGACAUGCCAUUUGGAGCUAUGAUGCCUCCAGAUCCUUUUGGUGCACAGGGUUUUAUGUUUCCCAAUGUGCCAGUGCCACCUUAUAGGGAUCUUGCCGACUUUGGAAUGGGUAUGAAUGUUCCAGUCCGGCCUCCUCUUAUGAGCAGAGAGGAAUUUGAAGCCCGGAAAGCUGAUUUGAGGAGGAAGCGUGAAAAUGAAAGAAGAGGUGAAAGGGAGUUCUCCAGGGAUGGGGAACAUACUAGAGAAGUGAGCAGUAGCGUGGAUGUUGGCUUGAUGAAAUCGAAAUCUAAACCAGUACAACAGCAUCCCCCGUCGUCGAGCGGAGAGCACCCUCAUCACCGCCACAGACCCGAAAGGUUAUCCCCUGAACGACCUGCUCGGGACCUUGAACCGCCACCACGCCCAUCCAAGCGAAAGUCCGACCACCACCACGAACGCGAACGGUCUCACGACCGGGAUCGUGGUUUGGACCACUAUGACCGCCACGAGCAUGAGCGAGACCUCGAUAGAGAUCGUCACAGGCACCACCACCGUUCUGAUUCGUCCUCUAAACCCUCGUCAGAAACUGCAAAUAAACCGACCUCCUCAACCCCGGCGUCGGCGUCCGUGGCAACUUUAGCGGCGGCGGCGGCGGCGGCGGCUGAUAAAAAGCAUAAGGCGAGUGUGUUCUCGCGCAUAAGCUUUCCGGAGGAGGAACCAACCGGGAAGAAACGUAAGCUCUCUUCUUCUGAAGCAGCUGUUGCUUCUGGUUCUGGUCAUCAAAAUAAAGCAGCGUCGAAUGGGUAUUAUGAUGGGAAGCCAGCGUCUACAACGGGUGCGAGUCUAGGAGGAAAGAAGAGUAGUGCCGGCGAUUAUGACUCAAGUGAUGAUGAGAGGCAUUUCAAGAGGAAGCCGUCAAGGUACGAGCCAUCACCACCGCCAGCUGCAGAGUGGGAAGUAGAGUCGCCUCGACAUUUGAGGAGCGCUAGAGAUAGAGACCGCGAGCGUGAGUAUGAACGUCACGGCAAGCACAGAUAGCUGGCUCGAAUUUAUUUUCUGACGCCAAGUUCUUGUGAAUUCCUCAAAUCUGCUGCAACUGCUUCUGGUAGAGAGAGGAAAAGAGAAAAAAAAUAGCAGGGCACCCCGACAUUGUGGUCUGCGAAAGCUCUGCGUACCGCUGCAGAGCGAUCUCUACACUAAAUCCAACGGAGAAUAAAAGGAUUUGGGUUUUUGGUGGGUUGGGGAUGGGGAGGGCUGAUGUUGUGGUACUAUUUCUGGAUCUAUUGACAAAAUGCUUUCGUUUCAAGUAUAUUUAUAAGUACAUUGAAGCUUUUGUAUUCGCGAGUUUUUUUAUCAACAUUUGUAAAAGUUCAUAAUUGUCUGCUUCUAUAUUUGAUUUUGCUCUGCUUUGAUUAGUGGGGAAA